UUUGCAAUCUCAAGUAAAUCACACCAGAUUGUUAGAAAGUUAGAAACGUAAACUUCGAUUAACAGUUUGAGAUAAUAAAUUCUCCAUAUGCAAUCAACAUUUGUUUGAAGGAAAAUCAAAUAAAAUGUGUAAGCUACUCAUGAUAACUGCUAUUUUGGGAUAUGUUGCUGCCAAAAAUGAAAGCAUCAUAUAUCUACCACUGGUAAAGAUACAAAGUGAUGAAAGUAGUCAUUUUGAUAAAUUUUCUGACACAGAGGAAUUCAUAGAGAAAAUAUUUGCUAACAUUUUAAACCGUCAAAGGUGUACUUGCUAUUCAAACAGGACAGAUGUUGCCACAAAAGCAGACCUAGCGGAGUUAAAGAGAGACAUGAUUGCAGAUUUUUCCGCUCGUUUUUUAGAUAAAAGUACCGGUAAAUCGAAACCCAUUGACUGCGGAGAUAUUUACAAUGAAGGUCACAAAAAAACUGACAUUUACACUAUUUACCCUUCUCGUAACAAGAAGGGGGUCUCAGUGCGUUGCGAUAUGGACACAUCGGGCGGUGGGUGGACUGUUAUACAAAGGAGGGUUUCUAAAAGCGACUUUUAUAAGACAUGGGCUGAAUACGAGACUGGUUUUGGUAAUCUCAGAGAUAACUUCUAUCUUGGGAAUCGCUUUAUACAUGAGAUCACCUGCCAAGACAAAUAUCAACUUCGAGUUGACCUUACCAGCUUUCAAGGAGAAUCGGCAUAUGCAGAGUACAGUCACUUUUCUAUUGGUGAUUCUGAAUCCAGUUACCAGCUGCAUGUUGACGGAUAUUCUGGUACUGCUGGUGACGCUCUUAAGCUUCAAAAUGGUAUGAAGUUUUCUACAAAAGACAGAGACAACGACCAACACGGUUCUAAUUAUAAGUGUGCAGUCGUAUAUCACGGUGCAUGGUGGUACAAACAUUGUCAUCAUUCAAACCUUAAUGGACUGUAUGGUUCUUCCGACUACGGAAAGGGUACAAACUGGUACCAGUGGAAAGGACAUUACACUUCGAUGAAAACCAUGGAAAUGAAAAUCCGUCGGAAGAAAUAGUUUGUUCCUAUAUGUAAUACACUUGUGUAUCUUGGAUGUUUGUAAAGUAUCGGUACAUGUUAAAUGUGAAUCCACUGUCUAUAGAACAUCAAGUGAAGUAUUUAAAUUUUGUUUGGAUAACAAAAGUGCUUACGAAGAAUCUACGUUACAGUAUACAUAGCAUUCCAAUACCGUAAAUAGUUUCAUUAGAUCUGAUAAAUGGUGGUUUAAAAACUAUGUUAAAUUUGUGUUUAUUAUAUUAUUUUGUUUUCUUCAUGCAUAAAAUAAAUUUUCAUACAUUUCAUGAUUAUGAAAGAAGUGUAGGCUUUUGACAUUGUUAACACUAACCAAAUUAUCUUUUUGCAUUAAUUUCUUUUGUCACAUUGUAUAGAAACGUAUAUUUGAUGUCUUUAUUACAUUUUAAUAACAUUUAGUUUGUGGGUUACUUCUAUUGUUUAACGUUAAAGUAUCGUUACUUCUUAAGUUUAAUCAUUUGUGUUAAAUCAAAUGUUGAUAAUAUUAUUUGUGAAUAUAGUGACAUGUUUCAUGUUUAUGAAAGGCACGUAACUAUUAACACUUAUCUAAAGAUGUUUCACAAUUAAGAACUAAUUUUCAUUAAUAAAAUGUAUAUAAUAUUUGUAAUAAUAAACCAUACAGCUAUUUGAAUUAUGUCCAUUAUGCUAUUAAUCAUCACGAAAUUAAAUAAUGUCUUAGUUCUUGCUGAGCGAUGAAAUAAGUAUUGAAAUAUUUAUAUUUUUAAAACUAUUACCUACAAACUUACUAAAGCAAAAUUCGAUUUUGUUUAAAGAAUCACACCUUUCUAGAUUUUUUUCUUUUGGAAUUUGUGAUAACAUUUUUAAAAAUGUUGAGCAAAAUAUUAAUUUUGAAAUUACUAGGUGCAAAUAAUUUCAAUAAUGGGACAAUGUGUCAUAUCAAACAGCCAGACUCCUACUUUUAAUGUGAAUUGUGUAUAGGGUAUAUCAUGUGUGUGUGGUAUAUAACUUUUUCAUCCAUCAAGGGAUUCUAAAAUAACUUGGGACGAAUGUUAACAAUAAUAAGACGCAACACCUAGAUUUCUACCACAAGGUCAAGGUCACGCUUUGGGGUCAAAUCCUAAAAUAGUCUGUUAAAGGGUAUGCUGCCAAGUCAGGCCCAUGCAAAUAAAAUGUCAUUGGUGAAUUGCCCACAUAGCUCGAUUAAUGACUGGACUCGAUAUAUACCCUGUAAUAGACCAUAUACUGUGUUGACCCGUAUUUGUCACAUUUUGUGGCAUUGAAAUAGUUAUAACAAGAAUACACUUUAUAAAAAGUAAAUUUUUUAGCAUUUUCUUUAUAUUUUACACAGUCACGUAUAAAUUUAACUAGUUUUCUUUUAUUAGUUUUCUGUUUGUCUAUCUGUCAAUUGAGCUGAUUAAGCAAACAAUAAGGUUUAAAUUCAUACAUAUUACUAUUAUUAUAUAUCAAUUACACACUAAUCGGAAGCAAUCUUGUGCGCAUUUUGAAUUUAAUACAUUUUUGUACAUUGUAAUUAUCUUAAUUACUAGUAAUGUGUUCUGUAUUUUGUUUUAAAUAAACUUUAAAGAGAAUGGUGACGUAAUGGUAAAUGUGACUGCAUUAUACCAAAGGAAUCAUGGGUUUGAGUCCAACUCGUAUAAACAAAAUUUCUUAUAUGACACUAGUACAACUAAGCCGUCCCAAAAGUUAUUGAUAUAAAGUGCAUGUACUUAAUUCACAACUGACCUUAUAUAAAUAUGUUGAACUUAAUAUGAGAAGAUAUUUUGUAAUUUGUAGUUCUAUUUUCUAUUACACUGUGUGUGUGUUUGCAAACCGUGUGUUAUGCCCAUUUACGAAAUAAAAUUAGGUAGGCGCCACUGAUAAAGUGUCCAUUGAAUAUUUGUAAUAUCUGUAAAAUUAAACAAAGUUUGGUGAAGAUGAAUCAUAAAAAAUAUUAAAUUCAUA